AAUAUUUUAGCGUUCGAUCGUGUGUGAAUUUGGAAUAUUGGAUUGCAAAAAAAUUGUGCUACAAAGCUGACAGUUCCAGGCUUCCCGGCACGAAGCCCAAUGUGACUCAAGUGACAGUGUAGUGACAGUGAGUGACAGUGAGUGACAGUCGGAGAUAGUGUACUAGUGUAGACAUGAAGUUUUGGCGCGUGGUGUUGUGCGCGGUGGUGCUGCUGCUGCGCUGCGACGCGCUGCCUCCCGCGGCGCUUGGAGAUGUCGUCGCCAAUGCCGCGACCAGCCUCAACUCUAUGAAGGUGACAGGUGCAUGGCGGCGGCUGUCCAGCACGGUGAGCGAGUCCGUGGGGCUGAAGCACGCGCUGCGGCGGCUGCAGGCGGUGCCGGCGCGCGCGGCGCGGCUGGUGCACGCGCUCGUCGACCGCAUGCGCGUCGGCGGCGGGCCCAUGGUGUCCACGCGACUCGGCACGCUCCGCGGACGCAGGGUCGUCGCGAGAACCACGAGUCAGACGCCCUAUUACAGCUUUAAAGGGAUAAGAUACGCGCAGCCACCGCGUGGUUCUCUCCGGUUCCGUCCGCCGGUACCACUGGAGCCGUGGUCUGGGAUACGAGACGCGCUGGAGGAGGGCUCGGUCUGCCCGCACCGGUUCAUGCUCUUCGACACCUACAAGGGCGACGAGGACUGCCUCUUCCUCAACGUAUACACGCCGGCUCUGCCAGAUUUACUCACUGGCUACAACCCGAAGCUAGCGGUGAUGGUGUGGAUCCACGGGGGCGCGUUCGCGGUGGGGUCCGGCAACGCCUUUCUGUACGGCCCCGACCACCUGGUGGGAGCGGGCGUGGUGCUCGUCACACUCAACUACCGCCUGGGCGCGCUCGGCUUCCUGAGUCUGGAGACUGACGAGGUCCCCGGGAAUAUGGGGCUUAAGGACCAGGUAAUGGCGCUGCAGUGGGUGCGGGACAACAUCGAAUCUUUCGGCGGCGACCCCGGCCGCGUCACCAUCUUCGGCGAGUCCGCCGGCGCCGUCUCCGUCCACCUGCACAUGCUGUCGCCGCUCUCCAAGGGUCUGUUCCACGGCGUGAUCGCGGAGAGCGGCGGCGCGCUGUCGCCGUGGGCGCUGGCGCCGGCGCCGCGCCGCAACGCCUUCCUGCUCGGCCGUGAACUUGGCAUCGACACCAACAACACCGCCGAGCUCUUAGGCUACCUGCGCGCGACACCGAGCGAGUUGAUCGUGAAGGCGGGCGCGAAGAUGGCGGGGGCGCCGGGGAAGGCCGCCGACCUCCAGUCCACCGUGGCGCUGCCCUUCCUGCCGGCGGUCGAGCCCGACGCCCCCGGCGCCUUCCUCACUGCUGCCCCCCGCGACGCCCUGCCCGGGGCUGACGUGCCCUUCCUCACCGGGUACAACGCGCAGGAGGGGAUCAUACUCUUCCGACGUUUACAACGGUACCCGAAGCUGAUACAAGAGAUCGAGAAGGAGUUUGUCCGCACCGUGCCCCCCGAGCUGAGGUCCACCGACAACCGGACCGAUCGCAUCGCGGACCACAUCCGCACCUUCUACUUCCAGCAGCGCCCCGUCGACUUGCACAACAUCGACAGCCUCAUCGACAUGUUCACGGACAUAAUGUUCCUGCGGCCGUCGCUGGAGACGGUGCGGUUGUACGCGCAGUCCAACCGGACCAGUCCCACCUACUUCUACCGGUUCGCGUUCGACGGCGCGCUGGGCCUGUUCAAGCGCAUGCUGGGCAUCAACCACCCCGGCGUCUGCCACGGGGACGAGAUGGGCUACCUCUUCUACUUCUCGAGACUGAACUAUCGUCUCGAUGAGGACUCGACCGAGUUGGACGUGUCGAGAAAAAUGGUGCAGAUGUGGACCAACUUCGCCAAAACUGGGAACCCAACACCCCCCAUCGACUACGAGUCCGUGGUGGAUUUCAAGUGGGCGCCGGUGAACGACACUCACCACGUGACCUACCUCGACAUCGACGGCAACUUCACGAUGCGCACCGACCCCGAGCCCGCUAGAACGCGCUUCUGGGAUUGGCUCUACGACAACUACGGACCCGCGUGAACUUCGCAAGAUUGGACGCCAUACAGUUCGUCCGUUUGAAAGUUUAAUGCAUAGUUUCUGAGUUAAUUUGACAGAA